CUGCCCCCCAUGGAGACCCGUUGCCAUUCCUAUUCUCAGUAUGGUCUCCUCUGCCUCUUCUCCGGCCAUCUUCUUCUUUGCCGUCGCUGUCUCCGUCGCCUUCCCGUGUUCCCGAGCUAUGGACAAUAUUAAUAAUCAAGAAGCACAUGUGUAUAGCAAGCCAUCUUGUAAUAAUUCGGUUGAUAUUUCUCCGGAUUCCAAUAUUGAUAGUCAAUCACAAGCUUCCUCUAAGUUGGCUAUUUCCUUUCCAGAAUAUUCAUCCCUCGUGCAGAGAGAGACGCACACUAGGACUAAGCUCUGAUAAUCUCAUAGCUGUGUUCAUUCCAGUCUUUGUGGGAUGGCUCUGAGAGGAGUAUGGCAACUUCAGAAGCUCAUUGUUAGCUAUUGCAAUUGGGGCGGAAGCAGUAGAGGUAUAAGGGCUUUUAUGGAGUUGGAAUUGCCUGUGUUUAAGGAGAAGAAUCCUCAAUUAGAGGUUGUUACUGAACUCAUUCGUGGUCAGCAUCCACAUUUGAAGGCUUUUUAUAAGAACAAAAACGAGCGAGUUAUAUGCGUGAAGAACAUGGAUCCAGAAGAUGUACUUCACCAUGCAACGAGGCUAAGGAAUGCAUUGGGAAGAAAGGUGAUCAAACUGAGGACAAGGCAUGUAACCAAUAAACCAUAUUUGAGUAUAAGUUCUCAUGCUGUUUGUGGCACAAUUUUUAUUUCCUUCUUCCUUGUUUGCUGCCUCAUGAUGAAGAGCAAAGUCAUGUUCAUAGUUAAUAGUGGCAAUGGCUCGCGUUAUAGAUACAGAUACUGUUCGAGCUGCUAUCUUUUUUCUUCUUUAUCUAAGAAUAAGAUAGGAUUAAUGAUCAAAAUAGCCUCUGAAAGAUAA